AUGUUUCCGGUGGUUAGAGUCUCUCUGCUCGGACUUCAGCCAGACACAAAAUACUUGAUCGUCAUGGACAUUGUACCGGUAGACGCCAAGCGAUACCGAUACGCCUAUCACAGAUCAAGCUGGCUGGUCGCGGGCAAGGCUGAUCCAGAGCUGCAUCCGCGCUACUAUGUGCAUCCAGAUAGUCCAUUCUCAGGUGACCAGCUCGCCAAACAGACGGUCUCCUUCGAAAAACUCAAACUUACCAACAAUGUACUCGACAAACACGGUUAUGUAAGAGAACAGUCCAACAUUAAUUAA